AUGAUUAGGUGGGGUGACAUCGUGAUGGGUCCGUUUCUUGAGAAGUUUUUUCCCGUCUGUGUAUCGGAAGGAAGAACUCGCGAUCAGUCACCAAUCAGUACUGCAAGGUUCAACAGCCAAACGCUGACCAUGGUUUUACGUCGUCUCUGUAUUUGGCUGCUCCUUUUUGGCGUCCUUUUUGCGUCGACAAUGACCAAGAAACUGGCCGCAAGUUUUUCCAUGCUUAUGGCGGUUGCGUCUUCUGUGCGGUGCUCUUCUCAUGCCUUUGCUGUUCACCUCGCUAUGCUCAUAUCGGUCGAAUUUUUUGUUAGGUGUUGGUGUUGGUUUCGCCACUCAGUCAUGGCAACUGUUGUAUCGGAGUGGCUCCACAUAGAAUACCGGCGGGAACCUCAACGUCUGCUUUCCAAACUAUUCAUCAUAAACAAUCGGCAUUCUGAUAUGCCGGUCUGGUCCAAACUACUUCACCAACAUGAUCAAGGGCGAUUGGGCUGGCGCAUCAGCUUGGGCGGUGCCGCUGUUCCAGCCGUCCUACAUGAUCUUCUCAUCUCUCUGGGUCUCCGAACCCCAAACCCCUCAUUCGAGGAGGCCAUUUGGACAAAGCCAAGAAGCAGCUCCCGCGCAAUUCCGUGGAAGUCCGCCGACGUCCAAGCCGAGUUCAAACGAUCUGGUGGAUGCCGAGUGCGCCUCAAAGGAAGUGGAACACCCAUGGAGAGACCUAUCCAAUGA